AUGCAUCUAAUGUUUGUUCCCGACGGCCAGGGUGGUCGAAUCUACACCCUGAAGAAGGUUCUGAACGGCCAGGUUACCAAGUCUGCCCACCCGGCUCGUUUUUCGCCUGAUGACAAGUGGUCCCGUCACCGCUUAAUGAUGCACAAGCGUUAUGCUCCUCUGUUUGCUCUGCAUUAUGCGCAGGAGAACGAGAAGGCCCGCGCCGCUGUUGCGAAGGCGCAAGCCGCCGCUGAGGCGGCCGCGAAGACUGCCAUAGAGAUGGAACUUGCCACGCAGAAGGAGCUCGCUGAGCAGACUUCUGGCAAGAAUAAGGCAUUAACCAAUUCUUCUGCUUGA